ACAGGAAUCGAUUCCGAAAUCGAAUCGGAACGUCCCAAGUUACGUGCAUUUGUUUCUGCAUGCUGCUCCCAGCUAAAUAUUUUGCUCCGGGCUAUUUAAAAUGAAUAAUAAAUGAUUUUCUUUACUCAUUUCGAUGAGUGAUAUGAGUGACUUGUGUUCCCGUGAAAGGCAAAUGAGUGUACUUAGCAUGUUUGAGUCGGCAAAUUAAUGUACUGACUUUUAUGGUUAUUCAAGAUGCCCACUGUAAUAGUUGUUGACGUUUCCUUGUCUAUGACUAGACCGGUGCCUGUGCCUGAUUCCGUAGAAACUUACUCAAGACUGAAUUUGGCAAUACAUGGAGUCAAUUCUUUGUUGGAUUACUUGGCUCUGCACUCGAAACUUGAAUUUGUUGCAUUGAUUGCAUUCUCCUCCCUCUAUGAAAUUGUGUCUCCAUUUACUCGCGAUUUCGAUGCAUUGAAAUCAAAACUUCAACAAUUAGAAGAAUAUGAUAAAACUUGCGUUGAGUCAGCCUUAGUUGGAGUUAAUAGACUUGUUUUGGGGGAAUGGGGGAGUGCUACUCCUUGUCAGGUUGUGUUGAUCACUGAUGGUAGUGUAGGUGUAGGGCCUAUGUCAUUAAAACAUUCUCUCAACACCCUGAAUCGACGUGAUCCAAGUAACCCCUUUCCACUUCCGUUUUCCUUUCCUUGUAAACUAAGUGUUAUGUGUAUUUCUCCUCCUGACGACAGUGGCUUAUUGCUUGGCUUACCAUACUAUCAUAAAUUAGUUGAAUUAGCUGGAUUGGAUAGUUCAGUCCAUAUCCCAGAAGGCAUGCUUACAGUGAAAAGUGUUCAAACGAUGUUCUCCAAAUUAGCAGAAGCUAAUUUUGCAUCGUUUACUGGAACGUUGAAAUGUGGGAAUCUUGGUUCAAGAAUAAUUUUAUACCCAGCACCCCAACCAUUCACUAAAACUAGUGACUUCGAGUCAAUUAAAAAAAGCAUCUCGGAUACAAUUGAAGUUUGUGGGUUUCUGGACGUUGCGGAUGUAGGGAGUCCCAUGGCAGUAUCUCGUCAUCUUGUUUUACCUCAUUCUUCUGGGAAAAUUGAAGGGUUUUCCCCAACAGGAGUGAAAGUAGAUAUGGAUUCAGAGGAAGAUUCAGUUUUGGAUGACGGCAGGAUGGCUUCCUUUUGUGUUCUACUUCAUGGAGCAUUGAAAGUUGAGAAUAUGGCAGCACUGUGCUUGCUGGCAGAAGAUUGGUUUGGAGUGAUCUAUUCAUGGGCAGAUAGCAAAAAGAAAUCCAACUUGAUGUUAACUGUUUUGGAACCAGGUUCUGGAGCAGUGCCUUGGCUAGGAGAUAUAAUGAAAUUAACAUCUGUUGAGGACUUCAUGGCCAAUAAUCAUGAUAAUGAUCCAGUACCAGCAUUCCCAGUGCGGCCUAGUGAAAAGAGAAGUUACUCUCAGAAUUGUGUGGUUUGGAUACGUCAAGCUGGUUUGCAAUCGGAUAUUCAAAAGAUUUUGAGACAUGCUCGGAAAUUGCCAGAAAAAACACAACAAUUUUACAAGGAACUGAAUCGUCUGAGAAGAGCUGCUAUAUCGUUUGGAUUUAUUGAGCUGCUUGAUGGGCUAGCAGCAAUAUUUGAACGUGAAUGCACAAUUUUGCCUGGCUCGGCACAUCCUGAUUGUGCCUUGCAGCUGACACAUGCCGCUGGUGUGUUACGCAAACCUUACAGUCGUGAAGUGAAAUUUACCAUUUCUCCUCUCAGAACAAAAUUUGUAAAUGAUGACUGAAUUGGUGAAAAAUUAAUUAAUUGGAAGAUCAUGAAUGUGAGUGUCAUAAUGUUUGGAAUUUGACACAAAAGUUCAAGGGUUGCUGCUAAUAAUAUCAAGAUAUAUAUUGGAUUCAUUUUAGCAUAUCAAGGAUAAUUUGUAUUUUAGAUUGGCAAUAUGACAUGGAAGGAUUUAUAUCAAUAUUUAUGGUGUUAAGAGAGGUCAGAGACAAAAACAAGAUGAAUGCCAUAUGCCAAUGUCAUAUGAAGCUAUUACACUGAAAUGGAGAUAGUGAUACCGUUAUUUUUGAUAACUAAUGCCCUUUGAACUGAUGUCAUAGGUGUGAAAAUUUUGUGUAUAAAAGGAAAAAAGACUUCAAACUGCUAAAGAGAUCGGGUUUAUUCGACCUAUUAAUCUGAAAAUUAACGUUUCUAAUGAGUGUGGAAGUAAAUUGUAAAAUUGAAUAGAGAAAAAUUGUCUCUGACAUUAUGCAACUGAGAAAAUAUAUAAUUGUUAUGUACGUUGCUAUUAUAGGAAAUUUAGGUCUCUUUGUGUAAUAACCAAAAUUACUCUUAUUAUUAUAAAUUUAUCUGCUUUAUUAAGUUUGUUGUGAGACAUUGCGCUCUUUUGUGCCAUUUCAAAUUUCAUUACAUUUCACUGAACAUGCCUGAUCUUGUGCACUCAGUUGUACAUUUUCACAGUUUGAAUUUCUUCCAAUUUGAUCCAUUAUUGAUCCAAUAAUUACUUUUAUUCCUUGUGCCAUUUGCUCUAGUGUAUAUGGCUUACCAAUGUCAGGCACAUGAAUAAAUAAUGUGUGCCUGUUAUCUAUGCAUAAAGAAGUGUAGUAGAUGAAUUCACACAAGUACCUGCAAAAAAUAAUAUGAGUGAAAUUACAGUUUAGUCAAAUAAAAUCAAUAGUAGCAGGAUAUAAGAUGUGUCAUUCAGUUAUCAGUAAUUUUCAUUUGAAUUUAUUUCAUUCUACCUAUCAGUUGUAAAAGAUGCUGCAAAAGUUGAAUUUAUGAUAAACUAUUCCUUUCACUAGCCAGAUUUUGUACCGAAGGAAAUAAAAUAUUUAUUGUUGGUUUUUUUAUGUGCCUUUUGUUGCUGGUGUUAAUGCUGACUAUGACCCCCAUUAAUUUUAAUGAAUUCCCCAAUAUAAAAAUAUUUCACCUUCCAGCAUUAUUAGAAAUAGUGGCUGAAACUCCUAGAUUUGUGUUAUUCAUAUCUCCCACCACUUUUUGGAGAUCUAAUUCUGAAUAAACAUCUUCACAAACACCGUAGACACAUUUUCCAUCGGGAGGUAACUUUCCACUCGCAUCACAACCUCUGUAACCAGAUUUAUGAGCGCACGAUUCAAUUGUAAGUUCAGUAGCUGCUGCUGAGACGCCCAAAUGUAUCACUAAUGUAGGUUUCAACUCUAGCCAGAGUUUAGGAAUUUCUUCCAGUACAGUUUUAUACGAUACUUCAAUUUCUUUAGUUUCUAAAUGUAUUCCCAAAUCGUCAACGCCCAAAUCUUUUACUGCUUUCACGACUUCCCAGCUGGCAUUCGUCUUGUAUUGUCGAAACGGCCCAAAUCCAGUGAGAAGAACGACAGGUUUUUCGUUCAUUCCUGGACUCAAGACGUCAAUUCAAAGCACUACAAAUCAAGUAAUACGUAAACUACUAGUGCCUAAAAUUGGUUGUAACAUUAAAAACGUACCUGAAGUCUCGGGGACACGUAAAUGAGAGGAAGUCAUGAGGUUAUGAAACACCCCAAGUCACAAGAUUUUCAUACGAAGGAAAUAACGUAUGUCCUACAGCGAAAAAUUUGCUGGGUUUCUUGCCCUACUUGUGAUGUGACUUGGGGUUUCACCAACACAGACAUCGUUAAUAAAUUACUAAGUGAACCAAUUAUCUACCGUCGCUGGAAAGGUAAAUAUUGAAGAUAAGACUUCCCGUCUGUCGAGUGUCUUAAGAGUGCAUUGCACUACAGUGUAAUUUUCCAUCAGAAAUAUGAGGGGUUACUUCCUCAUCGAACCUUUCUUGGAUAAGCCUACGAAACCCAGAAUUGAUCGUCAAUUAUAACUAUCGUGUAUUAAGUUAAUACUAUAUAAAGUGUAUAGUUAAUACUAUUAACUAGCCUAUAUUGCGUUGCCGGAUUUUGCUUUAAGAUGCGCAUCAACUACACUUUCUUCGUG